AUGGGACACUUGUCCAUUGCAGAUGACACAGCACAUGAGGGUGCAGUUGCCAGUGACAAGUGUGCAAAAGCUCCACAGGUUGCUGGCAUCAAAGUUCAGCUAGAGAUGAGUGCCCUAUGGCAGCAGUUUGACCAGCUGGGCAUGGAGAUGAUUGUCACCAAGGCAGGAAGAAGGAUGUUUCCCACAUUUCAAGUGCAGAUUUCCGGAAUGGACCCAACAGCUGAGUAUGUCCUGCUGAUGGACUUCAUCCCAGUGGACAAUAAGAGAUACAGGUAUGCAUUCCACAGCUCGUCCUGGCUAGUGGCGGGGCGGGCAGAUGCUGUGGUGCCUGGACGUGUCCAUUUCCAUCCUGACUCCCCGGCCAGGGGAGCCCAGUGGAUGAAGCAGACUGUUUCCUUUGACCAGCUGAAGCUCACCAACAACCUGCUGGAUGACAACGGACAUAUUAUGCUGAACUCUAUGCAUCGAUACCAACCUCGCUUCCAUGUGGUGUAUGUGGACCCUCGCCAUGACAGCCACCACUAUGUCCACCGCAACUUUGUGACAUUCACCUUCAGAGAGACCCGCUUCACUGCUGUCACUGCCUAUCAGAACCACAGGAUUACUCAGUUAAAGAUAGCCAGUAAUCCAUUUGCCAAAGGCUUUCGGACCAGCGAUCCAGAUGAGUGGUAA